AUGGCGAAUGAAAACACAAGAACAUGGAUGAGCAGGAUUUUCUAUCUGAUGUGUCUGCUGUUUAAUUCCGGAGGAAAGGCUGCUCAGAUAAACUACUCCCUCCAAGAGGAAUCUAAAAUCGGGGUAAAUGUUGGAAACAUUGCAAAGGAUUUAGGGAUUGAUCCAACUUCGUUGGAAAACAGGAAUUUUCGUAUUGUCGUGGGGACAAAGCAGGAGCUCUUUCGGGUUAAUCAUGAAGACGGCGCUUUGUUUGUGAGCCAGAGGAUAGACAGAGAAGAGCUGUGCGCUAAAAUCAACCCAUGUCUCAUCAACCUCAAAGCAGUGAUCGAAAAUCCACUGGAAAUGCACCAGAUAUCAGUUGACAUUAUCGAUGUUAAUGAUAAUCCACCCAGUUUUCUGGACGAAAACUAUAAACUGGAAAUCUUAGAAUCUGCCAUGACAGGCGCACGAUUUCAGGUGGAAACUGCUCACGAUCCAGAUAUAGGCUCAAAUGACUUACAGUCAUAUAAGCUGAGCCAAAAUCACUAUUUUCGUUUGGAAACAGAAGACAUGGGAGAUGAAGGUAAGAUUCCUGUGCUCAUUCUACAAAAACCUCUGGAUAGAGAAAAAAGCGCAAGGCAUAACCUCAUAUUAACUGCGACGGACGGCGGAAAGCCGCAUAAAUCAGCUGCAGCCAAUAUAACUAUAGUAGUGUCAGAUGUUAAUGAUAACACUCCAGUUUGUGAUAAACAAAAAUACACAGUGACAGUGAAAGAAGACGCACCAGAAGGAACAUUUCUGCUCCGCGUCAAUGCUUCAGAUUCAGAUGAAGGCGUGAAUGGAGAAAUUGAAUACUCUUUACGGAAUAAAUUCAGGAAAGGAGCGUCUGAUGUGUUUGAUUUGGAUAAUAUAACUGGGGAAUUAAAGAUUAAAGGAGGGCUAAAUUUUGAAGAAAGACAAGUUUAUGAGUUAAAAAUAUUGGCUGCUGAUAAAGGAGCUGUGUCUUUGUCUACACAGUGCAACGUGCUUGUGAAUGUUGAAGAUGUUAAUGAUAACCGGCCUGAGAUUGACGUUACUUCAUUAUCAAGCCACAUCCCUGAGGAUGCCGCUCCUGGAACUGUAGUAGCUUUGAUUGGAGUUACAGACCUGGACUCGGGUAUGAACGGGAAGAUAAUUUGCUCUCUGCCCAAGAAUAUUCCUUUUGAUCUUAAACCUUCGCCUGAUGGAAACUUUUAUUCUCUGGUAACGAAAGAAAACAUCGAUAAAGAAGCGAAGUCGUCUUAUGAUAUAACCAUUACAGCCAAGGAUUUGGGAUCUCCUUCACUAUCAUCAACAAGAUCGAUUCACGUGGAGGUCACGGAUGUUAACGAUAACAGCCCUAAAUUUGCUCAGAGCCCUUAUACAUUCUACGUAACCGAAAACAACAAGCCUGGCAUUGCUGUUUUCUCAUUAAGCGCAUCUGAUUUAGAUGAAGGAGAAAACGCACGUGUCUCAUAUACAAUCGAUCGCAUUAAUUCAGACCAAAGCAUGACAUCUUUCUUGAGUAUUAACGAGGCGAAUGGCACUGUUUACUCAUUGAAGAGCUUUGACUUUGAGUCUCUAAAAACUUUCCAUUUCUUUGUUGUGGCUAAAGACUCUGGAAGUCCAUCUCUGAGCAGUAACGUGACAGUGAACGUGUUUAUUCUGGAUCAGAACGACAACGUUCCAGUGAUCUUAUAUCCAGUCAGCGCUAACGGUUCUGCUGAGGGUGUGGAAGAGAUUCCCCGUAAUGUGAACGCAGGUCAUUUGGUGACUAAAGUCAGAGCCUAUGACGCAGAUAUAGGAUACAACGGCUGGUUAUUAUUCUCACUGCAGGAAGUUAGUGAGCACAGUCUCUUUGCUUUGGACCGCUAUACAGGACAGAUAAGGACCCUUCGCUCAUUCACAGAAACAGACGAGGCCCAGCAUAAACUGGUCAUACUGGUCAAAGACAAUGGGAACGUUUCCCUCUCAGCAACAGCGACUGUGAUUGUUAAAGUUGUGGAGCCCAAAGAGGCUUUUGCAGCUUCUGAUGUUAAAAACGCAGUGAAAGACAAGGAGGAAAACAACGUGACAUUUUAUUUGAUCAUCACUUUGGGCUCGGUUUCGGUGCUUUUCGUCAUCAGCAUCAUCGUGUUGAUUGUAAUGCAGUGCUCCAAAUCUACAGACUAUUCGUCCAAGUAUUUACAGGACACAAAUUAUGACGGGACUCUGUGUCACAGCAUCCAGUACAGAUCUGGAGACAAACGCUACAUGUUAGUUGGACCCAGAAUGAGUAUCGGCUCGACUAUAGCACCAGGCAGUAAUAGGAAUACUCUAGUCAUACCAGAUCGCAGGAGGAGGGACUCUGGAGAGCCUAAAGUUCCCAGUUCAGACUGGAGAUAUUCGGCGUCCCUCAGAGCAGGAAUGCAAAGUUCUGUCCGUAUGGAGGAGUCCUCUGUGAUGCAGGGAGCUCAAGGAGUCCUGGUUCAGAACUGGCCCACCGUUUCCAGCGCUCCCGAUAAUGAGGGUGGAGAGGUGUCUCCACCUGUAGGCGCUGGAGUGGACAGCAACAGCUGGCAUUUCCGAUAUGGGCCGGGUCCCGGAGGCCCUCCGCACCUGAAACCCGGUGAAGUUCCUCCCGAAGCCUUCAUCAUCCCUGGAUCUCCGGCCAUUAUUUCCAUCAGACAAGGACAGGACGGUGACGACAAGAGCGACUUUAUUACCUUUGGGAAAAAGGAGGAGGCCAAGAAGUUAAAGAAGAAAAAGAAGAAGGAGAAGAAGGAUAAGCGGGAGAAAGGGAAGGAUGAUGAUGAUUAGAGAGACAGAGGAAGGAUGUCUUUUAAAAGACAGAAGUCUCAACGAAAGUCUGUAGAACAAAAAGUGUGCGUUUAUUAAGUCUGAGAUGCAUAUUUGGGAGCUCGUCCAAAUGUUUUCUUUUUACAAAAACGUUCCUGUUUGAUUACACAAAUACAUGGCAUCCCUUUCCAUUUCUUAAUGAUGAAACUGAUUAAUCUUGCCUGUUAGAUUACUGAUUAGUGUUCUCUACAAUUCAGACUGGAGUUGGUACGUCUGUCUUUUUCAUCCGAUUGGCUUUUGUUUUCCUUUUGAUAGGAAGACAAAAUCUGAUGUAUAAUGUUUGUUAGCUGUGUGCCGCUUCAAGUGUGUUAAAAUGCAGGAGGGAAAAAAAAAACUGCACAUGCUGGUGUAAAUAUGCAGGUCGAGGUGUGUGAAGACGCUAAGUUAACGCUUUUUGCUCAUUCACUUCUCCUGGUGCAGGAUGGGAGAAACAUCCUGUAAAACGAGAGACGCUGAUACAUACUUUCACACAGAGGACACAAAAAAAGUCUCACAUCCUCGAAAUAAA